AUGACCUGCUGUGAAGGAUGGACAUCCUGCAAUGGAUUCAGCCUGUUGGUUCUACUUCUCUCGGGAGGAGUUCUCAAUGCAAUACCUCUCAUUGCCAACAGAGUUGAGGAAGGCAAAUUUUUUCAAAACCCCAUCUCUUGCUUUGAGUGGUGGUUCCCAGGAAUUAUAGGAGCAGGUCUGAUGGCUAUUCCAGCAACAGCAGUGUCUUUGGCAGCGAGGAAAAGAGCAUGCUGCAACAACAGAGGCGGGAUGUUUCUUUCAUCAUUUCUGAAUGUAAUCACAAUCAUUGGUGCUGUGUACUGCGUGCUGGUAUCCCUGCAGGCUCUCUUGCACGGUCCUCUCAUCUGUAAUUCUCCAAGCAACAGAACCUGUGAAUUUUCAGUAGACAGCUUAACGACUCAUCCCCAAUCCUUCGAUCUACAGUGGUUCUCCAAUGCAUCUUGCGUAGCUCCUAACAGUUUGAAUUCUUCCACCACGACCAGUGAACUGCACGUCAGUCCUAAAGAAAAGAGGCACAGGACUAUCCAUUUCUCAACAUUUGUAGGCCUACUGCUUGUGGGGAUCCUUGAGCUCCUGUUUGCACUCAGUCAGAUUGUCAUCGGUUUCCUGGGCUGUCUGUGUGGAGUCUCCAAGCGAAGAAGUCGAAUUGUGUAACAAAAUGGAAAUACAAGCAGUUUGAAUCAUCUGAGAAUUACAUUUAAAAGAUACCCUUUUAGAAGUUAGAAGUUCAUUAACGGAACAUUAGCUAGAAAGCUGUAUUAAUCCUCUAGUCCAAAAGGGUGUUUUUAAGGUGAUUAAAAAAAA